AUGUGUCUAAGUUGUUACACACACUUGCCGCAUUCAUACCUGAAGAACUACGUUGGUGUUGUCCUAGGAUGUACCGUCACAAGUUUAGUCCGUAUGUUCGCCUUCAAGCUGUUCGUCGAAGAAAUGACUUCCUGUCGUGUUCUUGAAUGUGUGAGAACGUUUCUUCGACGGGUCGACUUACUCCCUCUAGAGGAGUCCGCUCGAAUGGGUCUCGUGAACCAGCUAAUGUUGUAUGUGGAAAACGCGGCGCGAGCGCUGAUCUUAUACGUGCAACAUGCCAGUGAACCUUUACCAUCCGAAAAAGGUUCAGCCACGAAGAGCUCUCGGUUUUCAUUGAAUGAGUGUCGACGAGCUCUGGACAUGCAGUCAGAUAGCUGGUUUCACGCCUGUUCUCGCAAGGGCUGA